AACUCCACCAUCUUGCUGCUGACAAUCUUCCACAGAGUUGUCAGUGCUAUCAAUUAAACAUCAUUAUUACACAAUCGACAUUUGCGGCAGAUAAGCGAUUUCUUCCCGGCGACUAUUUCGAAGGUUCAGUAAAGUUCUUUUACACCAUUAUUCGAGUGCAUUAUUUCGUGAUCCAGGGUAACAAGCUUUUAAAAUGUUGGAUACAGAUCAAUCCCUUGCGAAAAUGAUUGGCUUGAAGCCAGCCACAAAGGAGAAUAUUCUUUACUACUAUAUGCCCCUGCAAAGUAUGGUUAGCUAUGCAGCUUUGUCCGUAAAUGUCAUGAACCCAUCGAUCGCUGUCAGGUAUCUUCCCAAACGAGACGUUACGAAUUUCCUGCUGCUGCACACCUUGUUUGGAACCACACUUUACUUCUAUAGCCGACCACAUUUGGCCGUAGUCUCGAAUAAGCGUCGUGUCGCCUUCAGCAUUUGUGGAUCAGUUCUGUUCAGUUUUGGUUCCGUGCUAGUUUGGGCCGUCCUACGGAGUGCUAUUGCACGUAACAAGAGCCUGGCCACGGCUUUGGGUCUGUCGUCAGGUUUUAUUAUGGCGAAGCUGACGUACGAUUAUCUCGAUAGCAACGAUAAACAGGUGGUGGCCAAGAAGAAUUAAAACUCGUGUUGUAAAACGCCGAAUAACGGAUCAAAAGGAAAUACCGAUGAAAUACAAGGAUCCUGGCUCAGCCAAAAAUUUGUAUUGUCGUGCGAAGAAGAAAAAUUAGUUCACACUCUAGCUACCGAUGCAGAUUGCAGAGCAUCUGUUUGGAAAAGUAUAAUUGUCUCGUUCCUUAGUGAGCCAUUGAAAGCUUUACCUAUUUUUCAAAUUGUUAUAUGGAAUUAAUAAAUUUUUUGAAGUCCACUCUGAUUAAA